UAAAAAACACACUUGGUAGAAUCUGUUCCCACGUGCGGGAGAUUAAGGCUGUAAUUGUCAUUGUCAUGUAAUUUUGAUCGACUCGUUAGUUUACAAACAUGGUUCAGGCAACAGAUGACAUCGUACCCCAGGAUUUGCCGCAGGCAUUUCAGUUAUUGAAGGAAAUGAAUGAAAAUGUGCAGCAAGUUGCAAAACUUGUUGAUAAUAUGCUAGACAGAGUAAAGAGGGGAGAAAUGUCAACGGAUAAGGGCCUGAGUUUCUUGGAAAUGAAGUAUCAUAUGUUGUUAAGCUACUUAAUUAACUUGACAUAUGUUGUUCUGCGUAAGUGCUCUGGAAGAAAGAUUGAAGGAGAUCCAGCGAUAGAUCGCCUUGUUGAAAUUCGUACAGUUUUGGAGAAGAUCAGACCUAUUGGUCAUAAGUUGAAGUACCAGAUUGACAAAUUGGUUAAGACUGCUGUCACUGGUUCUGGAAGUGGCGAAGAUGCAACAAAUUUCAGAGCUAAUCCUGAUAACAUGAUAACAAAGUUGGAUGAUGAAGAUGAAAGUGACUCUGGUAGUGAAAAAGAAGAACAAGCAGAAAAAGCUGAGAAGAAAGGCAUAUAUGUUCCUCCAAAAUUGGCUGCUGUGCAUUAUGAUGGUGAUGAGAGCAAGGCUGAAAAGCAGCAGAGAGUAUUGGAACGGGCCAGGAAGCAUGCACUACAUAGCUCUGUGAUGCAAGAGCUACGAGAAGAAUAUCUUGAUACUCCUGCGGAGGUUUCACAUGUCAGUUCAAUGCAAGCUGUCCUCACUCGUCACAGGAAGGAGAAGGAAGAGUAUGAAGAAAAAUAUUUUACUCGUUUGCCUGUAACGAAACAAGAGCGCCAUAGACGACGCAAAAUCCUCACCCUUGGAAGCUUGGGGGAUGAACUGACACGAUUUGGAGACAUUGGCGCCCUCGAGGGCGGAGAGGGGAGUUCCGGAGUUCCAGGACCUUCGAAGAAACGAAAAAUUGGUAAAGCUAAAGGCAAGAAAAGCUUCAAGAAGCGGAAGUUUCACUGAAUACAUCGCUUCUGUGUGUUGAAGGAAACACACACUUGAAAAAAAGUGACGGAAUUGGGUUAAAUAUGUAACUUAAGUUGGAGAAAAUAUGUGGAGUGGUCUCGAUGAAGGUUUGCUGGGACCAUAAUUUUAAAAAGUCAGGGGGAGCAAUUAUAAUUGAUUUGUGAAACAACAUAAGCCGAAAUGUUUAGAAUCUUCAUUAUCAGACACAAGCCUGAUUUAACUGCCAUUAUAUGUGAAAAAGGACAGUAUUACCCACCUGCCUUGAAAGCAAAUUGCACAGUGAUCUUGCAAGUAUGAUUUGUGUUUGUAGAUAUUUUAUUGGAAGUGUUUGUUAACAAAAAUGUUACUUUUUGUCUGCAUGUAAUACUUUGUUGUCGUAUGUUACUGUUUGGCUAUGCUUUGUUUGUCAAUUGUUUGAUGUUGAUGUGUGUUUUUAUAGUAUUUCUUUGUUUUGCUAUGUGAAACUGCAAAGUGUAAGUUGGCACAAAGUUCUCUUUUUUACACUGUUUUGAAUGCAGGCAUCCUGAAUUGAUAAUUGCAAGUUCUGAGAUCUUAAUUUUCUGAAGGAAGCAGUAGCAAGUUACGAUGUGAAAGCAGGGAGGAAUGUGCAGAUUUCUGCUGUAGCUAUUUCAUUCAAUCUCCUUUUUGGUGCUGUAUUCUACAGUUUGCCUUUUCUGUGGAUGCUGCACAUCUCUAUAACUUUCUGGAACCAUAUGCACUCACAUAAUUCUAAUAAUGCACAUCUCACGUAAUACCUGUUACAUUAAAAGUUAUUCCAAGUAGUUUUGAAAAUAAAGCAGGAUUGUAAAAUUAUUAGGAUAGACUCUUGGAAGUAGCACUAGCUAAUGUGAUCAGUAGAAUAUUUUUGAUAAUUAAUAUCUGUGACUGUAGAGGAAUGUUUAAGUAAUGGAAGAAUUCUGUAUUCCCAUGCAUGUAUUUGUAUGAGCCAUCACUCAGUUUUCAAAUUUGGUUCUUGUUGGCAGUGAACGUUGUAUGUCAGUGAUGUUGAUGUAUUAUAUAACGUUAAUGAUAUUGAUAAUCAAAGGCGUCACUUACAGUGUUCUUUAUUAAUCUGUUGUAACAGUGGUCGACCACAGGUCCUGCUCACUACCUCAUUACUCAGAUCAAUUUAUAUACUAAUUAUAUUUACAAAAAAGGAGAGAAAUUUAUGCACAGAAAUAAAACAUAGUUUUGAUUACAUAUGAAUGUUGUGUGUCGUAGGUAUAUUUAGAUGUCUUUUGUGUAAUGAUUGUUGGAAAUAAUUGACAUAAUAUGAAUUACAUCAUGGUGCUGAAAUACGUAAUUUGUGGGCAUUAUUAAGUGACAUUAGGUUUAAACUAUAUUUAAGUAGAUCUGAUAAAUUUUCACAAUGAGCAAAUGUGAUAAUUAAGAUUCCUACAUUAAUAAUUCAAUGUAUUACAGACUGCAUCUGCUGUGAUUAUAAAUGUACUGAAAAACACAUUAAUAAUGAAAUUACUCAUUUACGUGCAGCCUUUUUUUUCUUAAGUGGCACAGAAUAAGUCCUUAUUGUAAUAUACAUUUUGCACAACCAUGCUGCAGUUUGAAGGAUGUGUGUGUAUUUACAAAAGACAGUGUGCCAAAUGGCCUGAAAACAUAAUGUUCAGUGGCAAGAUGUUGUGUUUCUGAUAGGUUGUCUAUUGAAAUUUUGUAUUCAGAUAUUUGUGUAUUCCUGUUGUUCAUACAUAUUGUUAACUGGAAAUACAGUAUUUGAUUUUCAGAAAAGAAAAAUAAUGUGCUGAGAACAUAUCGGUUCCAGAAAGCCAUCCUGAUUUGAGACAUUGUUUACAUUUGUUUAGGAUGUUAAAUGUUGCUCAUUUCUUCCAUGUCAAAGUGUAUAUACUGUUGCAUUCUUUGACACUGUUGUGGCAGCAUCAUCCACAGAACAAUAUUUUUGGUGACCAUAGGGAUGAUGCUGUCCAGCACUUACUACGAGACUUACAGGUCCUAGAAUAAUGAGCUUAAACUGCAUCUAUUGUACUACAAGAAUCAGUAUCACAAUAGGUAAAAUUUGUAUUAUGAAAUGCUCUGACAAAAGCAUAUUGUCAUAUUAAAAGUAUAAGAAUAAUAAUGCAUUGGAAGGAGCAUGUGAAGAUAAUUAUUUAAGCUAUACCAUAUCUUGUGAGAUUAUGUUACUGUUGUGAAUAUGAGCACAAAAGUCACAGAAAUUGUUUCCUAUAGCUCUAAGGAAGCCUUGUUUUUCUUUAAUUUUGAAAAAGGUGAGACUUUUAUGAAACAACUGACACACUUCAAAUAAAUUAUUACAUUUUAUGAUA